GUCUUCCUCGGUGGUUUAUUCAUAGUCCUAUUCUCUAUGGUACCUACCAGACGGUAACAGGCAGCGGGCGCGUCAUCGCGCAGGUCCCUUCCUUCAGCAGCCCAUUUCACCCGUGGACCUGCUCCGGCACAUCUUAUCCAGCGCUCCAACUGCUCCUUCCUCCCUCCCAGCCCACUAGAUUGCGCCUGCCUCCACCUGUAAGAGUACCCUGAACGUGGGGACCUCCUGCCAAAAAAGACAGCCGAUAGCUCGCAUCAUUUUGCUCUCGUGCGCCGUCCCGCUCCACCUCGGCGCUUUUUCGCAAUAUCCAAUCUCCAACUCCCCCGACUGCGCUCCCACUGCGUACCGUACCGACUACCACCACCACCACCACUACCUCUCGUCCUUCUCCCCUUCUCCGCCGUCCGCCUCCUCUCUCACCCCUCACUUCCCGAUCCCGUGUGCUUGGGAGCCUCCUUCUCGCCAGAACCGUUCUCGAUUACCUGCCCUAGACAACUGUUUCCCCGCAAGGCCAAUGGGCUGCGAUAACCGCUAGUCGUUCAGUGUCACGGCGGCGUGGGAGCGUUCCCCGCAUACCGGGACACUUGGGAAGGUCCAGCAUCUAUCCAGCUACCAGAGUGAGACGUACACGACAGACACAAACGGAGAGACGGGCCAAGAGGAAAGACGCCAAAGAAGCAGCACGGAAGUCGAACAAAUCACGACGAAUACACCGAGAGAACCGGCUUCAUUUUACCCGCACUUUGCUUCGCAUUCAGUUCUCCGUGAACCAGCAUACAUAGCAGGACAUCGCCGCCUUUUCCUUGCUGAUACCGUACCCAGCUUGCGCCUAACCUCCGCACUUCUGAAUCCCGACCAUCCUCAACAGUGAGAGGGGAUGUCUCACGACGAACGACCCGACGCUGAACGAGGCGCACCGCACCCCAACGACGAAGAAUAUGGGCCCUACCCGACCUCGACAUAUCCCAACUACAGCAGCUCGAGAGCGUACCCAGCCACAGCUCCUGCCCGCGCAGCGAUAGCUGCUAUUGAAGAGGCCGUUGCUGUCAUGCCCACCAACGAGACGAUUACUGCCUUUGAGCGGUGGGCAGCUGGCGCCUCCGAUGCCCAGUUCAACGCCCUGUCCGGUGCUGUGGGAGGAUUUACCUCGGGCGUUGUUACGUGCCCGCUCGACGUUAUCAAGACCAAAUUGCAAGCCCAGGGUGGCUUCAACCCGGUUGAGAAGGGCAGACAUGUCGGACAUGGCCCGAAGCUUUACAAUGGAUUGCUUGGCACCGCCCGCGUGAUUUGGAAGGACGAGGGAAUACGCGGCAUGUACAGGGGACUCGGCCCGAUAGUACUGGGUUAUUUGCCCACCUGGGCUGUGUGGUUUACCGUCUACAAUAAGAGCAAGGACUGGUUGAAACACCGUCAUGACAACACGGUGUUGAUCAACUUUUGGUCAUCCAUCAUCGCUGGUGCCAGUAGCACUGUCGUCACGAAUCCCAUUUGGGUUAUCAAGACUCGCUUGAUGUCGCAAAGCGUUGCCCAUGACCCGGGCAAGUAUCAUUCGCAAUUCCCGAGAUCGGGUAACACCCCGACUUCCAGACCGACAAAUCACAGCUCAUGGCACUACCGGUCAACAAUCGAUGCGGCACGCAAAAUGUACACCUCCGAGGGCGUCCUUUCCUUCUAUUCUGGUCUCACGCCCGCCUUGCUGGGACUUACGCACGUGGCAGUGCAGUUCCCAGCAUAUGAGUAUCUGAAAACGAGGUUCACUGGCCAGGGUAUGGGAGAGCCGACGCAGGGCGAUUCGCAAGAGUCGCAAUGGAUGGGGGUGCUGGGUGCUUCGAUAUUAUCGAAGAUCAUGGCGAGCAGUGCUACAUAUCCUCACGAGGUUAUCCGCACGAGACUGCAGACACAGAGAAAGCCCGUGGGAGGAGCCGAGUAUCUACAGGGUCUGGGAAUCAAAGUCCCCUUAUCCGAGGACGGCAAACCGCAGCAACCGUUAUCACCAAAGUAUCGCGGCGUGGUCAGCACCUUCCGGACGAUCCUCAAAGAGGAGGGCUGGAGGGCCUUCUACGCUGGCAUGGGCACUAACAUGAUGCGAGCGGUGCCGGCCGCGACAGUGACGAUGCUGACGUAUGAGUUUGCGAUGAAGCAUUUGAAUCAUGCGAGGAGCGAGGGCAAGAGGAAACUAGGAAGGGGCAAACCUGCCGAGCCAUGAUUUGGCCUAGCAGAAGCCAGAGAGCGGUCUCAUUUGGAAGAAGACAGAAGUGGAGAGAGAGAAACUUGUCAAGACAAUAUGUGCGGUUUAGCAGUCUCGAAGGGAAAGAGAAGAUGUUGAGAUUAGGAAAUAGGGAUGGGAUUUUCCAGAUACCCUUAACUUUGGUCGUCAGGUAUAGACAAACUCGAUUCAGGUCACGGAAACCAAGCAAUAGUUCCCCUUUCUUUACUUGAGAGAUGGUAUCUUCGACCUAUCCCUCCCUCAUCUUCAUCACAUGCAAACGCUGGUCUCCUUUUUAUAGUUCACACACGAUUUCGGAUAACUAAGGUAGUUCACAGUUGAGAGGCAGGGAGCAUGGCAUUGUUUAUUCCUACCGACGGGAAGUAGGGCGGCUCACUUUUGUAGCAUUACAUUUGUUUGGCGCGGAGUAUACAAGGAGUUUGAUACGAAAAACACACUGAAGCCAUGUUUAUGUUUUUUUCUCUUCUCUCUUUUGGUAUUGAGCAGUCCGCAGUUGCCAGAGACAGAAACGUGGGCAGAGAAGGGUGGGGAGGUAUAACUACGUUAGAAAAACCGUGAAACAAAAUCCAAAAAAGAAGAACGAAAAUUAACCCGCGAAAGCCCUACUGCUUUCCUCCUUGCCCUUGAACUAGCCUUUUGGUCUGCAACUCCUGAUACAGAGGGCCAGUGAUCGAUCCUGUGGGAGAUGUGGCCUCUCUGUGUGUCUAUCCGGUGAACUUGCCGCGCUGCGUUCGUUUAACACAGCGUGGUUUUGGUGCCACGCUUACAACGUCAAAUGCAUUGGAAACCUCAAGACGGGCUACCGUUGCUGGGCCCGUGGCUCGGGCCGUGAGGAUGUCUCUGCACAUGGUCAGUUUCUUGAUCCCGAAGUUCCCGCUACAUUAAAGAGUUGUCCGAGGGAACUGGCGGGUGGGAAGACGUACGGCCUGAUCACGCGCCGAGCGGA